AUGGCAAGCAUCGCUCUUGCAGAGACAGACAAGUAUGAGGUCUUGGAGAAGAUUGGAGCCGGUUCCUUCGGUAUCAUUCGAAAGGUCAAACGCAAGUCGGAUGGUUUUAUCCUCUGCCGCAAAGAAAUCAAUUACAUCAAGAUGUCGCAAAAGGAACGAGAGCAAUUGACCGCAGAAUUCAACAUCCUCAGCUCGCUUCGUCACCCAAACAUCGUCGCAUACUACCAUCGCGAACAUUUAAAGGCAUCGCAAGACUUGUACCUGUACAUGGAAUACUGUGGAGGAGGAGACCUCGGAAUGGUGAUCAAGAACUUGAAAAACACCAACAAGUUUGCGGAGGAGGACUUUGUUUGGCGCGUGCUGGCUCAAUUGGCAACGGCCUUGUAUCGCUGCCACUAUGGUACCGAUGCGCCACCUGUUGGAUCAAACCUCUUGGGCCCGCCACAGCCUAGAUCAGGCCUGAAGGGAAAACAAGCACAAAUCAUGAUUCUACACCGUGACCUGAAACCAGAAAACAUUUUCCUCGGAAGCGAUAACAGUGUCAAACUUGGUGAUUUUGGCCUGUCGAAGCUCAUGCAAUCCCACGACUUUGCUUCUACCUAUGUCGGCACUCCGUUUUACAUGUCGCCUGAGAUCUGUGCUGCGGAGCCAUACACCCUUCACUCAGACAUCUGGGCUCUUGGUUGUAUCAUGUAUGAGCUAUGCCAGAAAGCUCCACCAUUCAACGCCAAAACACACAUUCAGCUGGUUCAGCGCAUCCGAGAGGGCAAGUACCCGCCGCUGCCUGAUAUGUACUCGUCGGAGUUGAAAGGCGUUAUUGCUAGCUGCCUCCGUGUCAAUCCUGACCAGCGACCUGACACUGCCACCUUACUCAACCUUCCUGUGGUCCGCUUAGUGCGCAAGGAACGGGAAGUCGUAGAUAUGACAACGCGAGUCAAGAGACGUGAGGAGGCGGCUCUACAGAAGAUGAAGGAUCUUGAAAUCAGAAUGGCAAACUAUGAGAAAGACAAGGCACUUACCCGAGAGGAGAUUGACGCAGCUCUCCGUCGGGAAUGGGAAGUCAAGGCGCGCUUGGAGAUUGAGCGUCAGGUGCAGAUGCGAUAUGAUGAACUAUCAAAACAAUUUGAAACAGAGGUGCGCGCACGCGUUUCCGCCGAGUUAGAAAAGGUGAACAAGACGAAAGUCCCAGUGCCAGAGUUCAUCCAACCACGUGAAACAUCCGGUUCUUCGACCAGCUGCAGUGAAGAUUCCGACUUUCCAUCAACAACCGACAUCAGUGACCUCUCCCUGGAAUCACCCAGCUCAAGCCGCAACAAACCUAUGCAAAAGGUGUCGCGCACACCUUUCAGUCGCGCAAAGACCACAGUCGAGUCGCCUAUGGAUAUACAGAUGGGUGAACCAUCUCCAAUUACCAUCGCGUCAUUGUCCCUAUCUCCCCGACGCACAGCACCUAUCACCAAAAAUCUGUUUACGGAGCAGGCGCAACAGAAAUCUAAGUGGGAGCCUUGCCUUUUGGGUUCGGACGACGAAGAAGAUAUUCCCGAACUUCCAUCGCCAACUCGUCCCAAGGUUAAGCCAGACCCUUUCAAGGCAGUUCGUCGUCCCAUGCUUCGUCAUCAGACCACUGCUAUGGUGUCAAAGAUGAGCAAUCAACCAUCUAUCUUUCCGGCAGGAGCAUCACGAUUACCUCCACCACCAAUAAUUGCAGGCCCACUUUCCACGCAGCAGCAGCAAGUACAAGAGAUGGCUCGCCCACUAUCGGCCGAAUUGCGAUCAAAGUCUCCCACUCGACGUCUGUCCAAGAUCCCAUCUACUUCUAAUCUGAUCGGCGACGCAACUUCACCUACUCGUAAAGGUGCGGCGGGCAAAGCGGCUACCUUCCACGCCACCAAAAUCAACUCAUCCAGCAAUAGCAGCAGUGAUGACAACAGCAUGUACAAAGCGGUGAUGCAGCGUAACAUGGGUGGACGCACUUUGGUUGAAUUGGCUCAGGCCCGUGCCGGCGGCCGUGCUAUAGUGGAAGAUGCAAAACGCGUGUCGAGCGAUUCUCGUGCUUAUACUAAUUCCUCAUCAUCUGGCUCGGGACUCUCGUCAUUCGGCAAAUCCACCGAACUUCCAGCGACCUGGGAUCCAAACAGCGAGCAGAUGCCCAGUCCAUUCGUUUCGCGACGCGUCUAUCACAAUUUCCGAUGA